AUGGGUCGCCGGCCAAAUCAGCUCAUUCUCGAGUACUUUGAGCGCGGGCCCAAGCUCGAAGACGCGAGCAAUCGCUAUCAACACACGUGCAAAUCAUGCGGUGAAAAGUUUCCCAAAGGCCGUAUAGACAGCCUCACGAACCACCUGGUCAAGAAAUGUCCGGCACUACCUCUGCGCGACCGCCAGCGGGCGCUGCUGCAGUUUCACGAGCUGCCUCUCCCCGAGAACAUGCAGACGAUCCAGAAUGCGCCCGGCCCAGUGCACAAUGGUCAGAGGGUCAAUCUCCCGUUUACACCUUCGAAACAACUGUCUGCGCUUGAGACGCUUGCAGAAGUUUCGCGACAGCAUCUGGACCUCUCCGGCAAACGUCCAAUCGACCAGCAACAGCAGCGAGGACCGCCUCUGCAGCAAUUGCAACACAAUACAGGGCAUGGGGAAUUGCUGGACGAAUGGAUACAAGAUGACAGGACUGAAGGAACAGACUUAAGCGGGCUGUCUCAAGCCAUGGAUAUGUCCGGGGCGCCGGCUCUGCCGUCGAUGUAUCAGUUCAAUGGCCCUCUGCACCAUUCGCCUACAAACUCACCCCACAUGAGCCACAUGCCAUUGUCGAGCUCUGGCUCGAUGGCGCAAAUGGUGCCCUCACUGGUUAUGGCGGCUUCCGCGGCUAACGACCUCAUGCCACUCGCCAAUAGCAUGACCAUGGACUCGGACCUCAGUCUUGCCCACAACGGCAUGGGCUUUCAGCGCCCGCAAUGGCCUAAUCUUCAGCCUCACCCUCUAGACCCGCUACUGCAAGACCACAGUAAGGAUCAGCUAUUGCCAAAGGAGGAAAGUCACCAGAAAAUUCCUCAGCCACGGUCGAUUGCAAUCAACCCAAAUACCCAGACGCACUUCACGACCGACUUCAGCAUCCACCAGAAGCCUGCGAAGCCCAAGGUUCGCGGUCGCUUUACCGACACUCGCCGAAAAGAGGUGCAAGAAGUUCGCAAACGAGGCGCCUGCAUUCGAUGCCGAAUGUUGAAGAAACCAUGCUCUGGGGACAACCCCUGCAACACAUGCCAGAACGUUGAAAGCGCGCGAUUAUGGAAGCAGCCUUGCAUCAGAACACGCAUCGCCGAGGAAUUCAAUCUCUAUUCGGCCGGUCUACAUGGCGUACUGGCGUACCAUGCUACCACCGCAGCUAAGGGACAAAUACGCCUGGAUCAGACCCCGGGUCGCAUCGAGGCAUCGCAUUUCCCCACAUCUGGCAUCUUUUCCACUUUCACCCCUUUAAAAUGCCACCAUAGUCAAGCAACUCAAAAUGCUGAUAUCGAUCCUGCAAUCUUCGCUGCAGUCCGUACUCCAGAUCUUGAAAUCAUAGAUCAAGAGGAUGACAUCAGCGGCAAGCUGGAUCUCUAUAUGAAGAAGAUUGGCAAUGACUUUCUCACGUCAGAGGAUUCAGCAUUCAUGAAAACAACACAGCAGACAGCACUGAGGCUAGCCUCAUCGAACCAAGAUGGUCUGUUAGCAAAGGUUAUGGAGCUCUGGCACUACACCCGCAUGCUUACGUCUCGCAACCUGCACUGGCAUAUAUUCUCGAACCCCUCUCUACCACCAACACUCUCGGCACCAACGCUUUCCCCAUCAGAUAUGGAAGACGCCUCCCGCUCUCCCAUCACUGAGCUCGCACACCCCACAUCUUACAACCUCAUCAAAAAGCAAUUGAUGGGUGCUACCGAAAAGCGCGCCGCAUGCGUCGCCCGAGUCGUAAUGAACGAUCUCGAACGCCGGCUCUUACAGCGUCAACAACAGAAUGCAUUCGAAACCUUUCUCGUCGCUGUUAUCCUACUCACCAGCGUGGAGCGCAUGUGCUGGCUCUUCCGGACCUGGGAAGUACCAGCAGCAGCAGAGCCUUUGCACACCGAAUCAGCUUCCAAAGUUGACGAGUUUCUGCCUUCUGCCUUGCAGUCCCCUUCUGAGCUGACGAUGGGCUUUCAAUCUGCCAGACAUCCCAAAUGGCCGCUCGAUAAGCCUGCGGCGUCUUUCUCGCAGCAGGGUGAAAGAUUCAGCGAUAUUCUAAAUAUGUUACUCAAGAUGCGCGGUGUACCACCGAAGCCGAUCCCGCGCAGCACGGAUGGGAUGUUGGUUAUGUGGGGUGACGAUGUGGAUGAGACGAUCCGGGAGUGGUACGAGGGUAUUGCUGUUACGACGCAGACGCUCGAAGAGCGAGCCAAUGCAAAGUUCGUGGGCAACAAUCCUGCGGAGUGGGAGUUGAAGUUUGUUGGCAAGAUCAUCCGGGGCGAUUAG